GCCGUCCUCAAUGUCCGACUCGUCCUGAGAUCUCGUCGAGCGCGACGAUCUAUAGAGCACCUGCGUCUCAUCUAGUGUGUCUGCCGCUGCUUGCUCAGUCUAAGCCAACAGAAGCGCUAUCUGCCCUCAACGAUCUCGCAGAGGUGCUCGCAUGAGAUUCUUGAGUAUGCUGACCUCGGGGUUCGUCGACAACGCUAUCGCUCAGAGAACGAGCGGGAAGCAGCUGUCACUUUGGCGCUAAGUCCGAUCUCGAUCCUUCCAAGUACUCACUUGGACAGGUCGUCGUCAGAGUGCGCGCCACAACGUCACCUCGGCCAUCGUCAGCGAUGACACCGCACCGUCCCCAAUCGAAUACAAAAGCCCUCCCCAUCCUCCCCCGCACCCAAUCAUCCAUCCCAUCCACAACCACAUUACACACCAUGUCCUCCCAAUACCAGAAAGGCCACCUCCCCGACCCCUCCCAGGAGCAAAAGCCGCCGGGCCACCAAUACAAGAUGGACCCUGCGCCCGCCUCCACCCAGCUGCCCACCGAGGACGGCGGGUACCAGACCUACCGCGCCGCGGGCAAGCUCGAGGGCAAGCGCGCUUUGAUUACAGGCGGCGACAGCGGCAUCGGGCGCGCGACCGCGCUGCUGUUUGCGAUGGAGGGCGCGGAUGUGUCGAUCGUGUAUCUGGCGGACGAGGAGCGCGACGCGCAGGAUACAAGGAAACAGGUGGAGGGGAAGGGGCGGAAGUGCGUGUGUAUACAGGCGGAUCUAACGCGGGCGGAGGAGUGUAGGAAGGCGGUGGAGGAGACGGUGAAGGAGCUGGGUGGGAUUGAGAUUCUGGUGAACAAUGCGGCGUACCAGAUGGUGCAGGACUCGAUUGAUCAGUUGAGCGAAGAGCAAUGGGAUCUCACCUUCAAGACCAACAUCUACGCGUACUACUACAUGGCAAAGUACGCCCUUCCGCACCUCCGCAAGACCAAAGGCGCGACCAUCAUCAAUAUGACCUCGGUCAACCACUACAUCGGCCGUGCCGACCUCCUCGACUACACCUCCACCAAGGGCGCCAUCGUCGCCUUCACGCGCGCGUUGUCGAACCAGGUCGUCGGCGACGGCAUCCGCGUGAACGCUAUUGCGCCAGGACCGGUGUGGACACCGCUUGUCGUGUCGACGAUGGGCAAGGAGAACCUCGAGCAGUUCAAUGCGACGCCGAUGGGGAGGCCUGGGCAGCCCACCGAAAUUGCGACGUGCUGCGUCUUCCUGGCCAGCCAGGACAGCAGCUUUAUCAGCGGCUCGACUCUGCAUCCGAACGGCGGGACGAUGGUCAACGGUUGAAGUCCGCAUAAACAUUGAACAUCCAAUUGUACAUGUAUUUCACUGUAACGCGUCUUCGGCUUCAGAGAUAGUCGACGUGGACAUGGCAAAAGAGACCAAAUAGACUCGCCCAACAAAAAGGACAACUUGCGUCCUUUGGGGAAUUUAAACCC